CCGGAAGUGCGCGGUUCUGUCCGGAGGUUUUUCCUGGUUCCUUAGUUUGACGGACCUGUUUAUUUUUAUCUUGUUUAUUAUUAGUCUGUAAAAUGAACACGGAUAAAGCAAAGAAUAUCAGCACUAUCCCGAUAGACGGAUUUAGCAAAAUCCGUAUUACAUCAACGUGGACUUUUCUACAAUCCAUCCAGUGGUCUGAGCCAUGGCUGAUCUGCCUGAUUUCUUUUCACAUCAUGUGCUUUGCCUUCACCAUCCUGACCUGCAGGUUCUACAGACUCCAGAUCUUCCAGUUCCUCCUGAUGGUUGUGAUGGUGUACAGUGCAGAAUAUUUGAACGAGAUUGCAGCCAAGAACUGGAGAUCAUUUUCCAACUUCCAGUACUUUGACUCCAAGGGAAUGUUUAUAUCGUUGGUGUAUUCUGUGCCCCUUCUGUUCAACACUAUGAUCAUCGUGGCCGUGUGGGUGAGGAGGACAUUUGUGACCAUGACAGAGCUGAAGACGCUGCAGCUGAAGAGGAAAGCUGCCAGAGAAAAAGCCAAGAAAGCCCAGUAGAGAGAGAGAGAGAGAGAGAUUAUUAAACUGACUGAUCCAAAUUCAAGACUUUAAAGCAGGCUACUUUAAUACGAAAACUCGGCAGAUGACGUCCUUCUGAGAAGUCAUCAGAUCAUGGCUAAAGAAAUCUGAUGAAUCUUCACAUUUCCCGUGGUGUAAUGUCUGUCUGUAUAACCCUCCACACCCCUGGAGCUGAAGACUGGAGCUACCCUACAAGUAGGACUGCUGGAAACAGAAAAGCUCAGCAUAACUAUUGAAAAUCCCAUAAGACUUCGAUAAUAUUUUUUUUAACAGUUUUGUCAUAUAUGCAUGGUGUAAUCUAAUGAUCAAUAAAACGAUCUUGUUUUUAUGA